AUGGAUAACCACGGCCUGGAGGAGUUCCGCCGGCGCUGGCAGGAGGAGCUGGCUCAGGCCCAGGCGCUGAGGAAGCGGCGGCGGCCCGAGGCUGCCGAGCGGAGGCCGCGGCGGCCUGAGUUGGCCCCCGGGCGCGGCGAACAGGCCUCGGGGUACCUGGCGCUGGCCCAGGGCCUUUUGGAAGGCGCGGGGCGACCCCCGGCGCCGCGGACCACCCGGGCUGAGAGGCCGGAAGCGGCGAGUCGUUCCCGCUCCCCGCAGGCCCGCGAGGACACCGGGGGCGGGGACCAGCUGGUGGACCAGCUCAUCCGCGACCUGAAUGAAAUGGAUGAUGUACCCUUCUUUGAUGUCCAGCUGCCUUAUGAAUUGGCAAUUAAUAUAUUUCAGUACCUGGACAGGAAGGAUCUUGGAAGGUGUGCACAGGUGAGCAAGACGUGGAAGGUGAUUGCCGAAGAUGAGGUGCUGUGGUACAGGUUGUGCCAGCAGGAAGGCCACCUUCCCCAGAGCAGCAUCUCUGAUUAUUCCUGCUGGAAGCUUGUCUUCCAAGAGUGCCGAGCCAAGGAACACAUGUUAAGAACCAACUGGAAGAAUCGCAAAGGUGCCGUCAGUGAGCUGGAGCACAUUCCCGACGCAGUUCUGUGUGACGUGCAUUCUCAUGAUGGAGUGGUCAUUGCUGGAUAUACAUCAGGGGAUGUGAGGGUGUGGGACACCCGCACCUGGGACUACAUAGCCCCCUUCCUGGAAUCAGAGUAUGAGGAGGACGAGCCUGGAAUGCAGCCAUAUGUCUCCUUUGUGAGGAUAAACAGCUCGCUGGCGGUAGCAGCUUAUGAGGAUGGAUUUCUUAAUAUUUGGGACCUAAGGACUGGAAAGUUUCCUAUUCAUCGUUUUGAGCAUGAUGCAAGAAUACAGGCGGUGGCCCUCAGCCAAGAUGAUGCGACGAUUGCCACAGCAUCUGCCUUUGAUGUCGUAAUGCUGUGCCCUGAUGAAGAAGGAUAUUGGCAAAUAGCGGCAGAAUUUGAAGUUCAGAAAUUGGUCGACUACCUUGAAAUCGUUCCAGAUACUGGAAGAUACCCUGUGGCAAUAGCCACAGCUGGAGAUCUGGUCUACCUGCUCAAAGCUGAAGACUCUGCCAGAACCCUUCACUACGUCUACGGGCAGCCUGUUACCUGCCUUGAUGUCUCAGCCAGCCAAGUUGCUUUUGGCGUGAAGAGUUUGGGAUGGGUGUACGAAGGAAACAAGAUCCUGGUGUGCAACCUGGAAGCAGAGCGCUGCAUCUCGAAGCUGGGUAAUGCGCUGGGCGACUUCACGUGCGUCAACCUCCGAGACAGUCCUCCCAACCUCAUGGUCAGCGGCAACAUGGACAGGAGGGUGAGGAUCCACGACCUGCGCACCGAUAAAAUCGCCCUGUCGCUCGCCGCCCACCAGCUCGGCGUGUCUUCCGUCCAGAUGGACGACUGGAAGAUCGUCAGUGGAGGCGAGGAGGGCCUCGUGACUGUGUGGGAUUACCGCAUGAGCCAGAAGCUGUGGGAGGUCCACUCCAGGCAUCCCGUUCGCCACAUCGCCUUCAACAGCCACAGCCUCAUCACAGCCAACGUGCCCUAUGAACGGGUGGUGCGCAACGCCGACCUGGACGCCUUCACCACACACAGGAGGCACCGGGGGCUGAUCCACGCCUACGAGUUCGCAGUGGACCAGCUGGCCUUCCAGAGCGCCCUGCCCAUCUGCCGUUCACCUUACAGCACCAUGACGGGCUACAGCUAUGACCACGCACUCAGCUUCCCCUACGAUAGUGCCCGGGAGUGA